AUGGAUGAAGUCACAUCUAAUGGGCUUAGAUAUCGUGCAAAAAAUCAAAAUCGGGACAUGGUGCCUCAGACAGACACCCAGGCCUCAGGAGCAGAGGCCUUGGAGUUACAGAAUCUGAGAGAUGGUGUGCAUAAACAUUUACAUGAUGGAGUUGUGCCGUCGGGAGAAAGAAAUGGGUACAUCAGUCAGGAUGAUCAUGAGACUAAUAUAGACAAUGGGGAAGAGGCUGACGACACUGAACGACUCCUAUCAACUUGUGAUGAAGAUGUGGAAGUGUUAGAUGAUGAGGGUUCAUUUUAUGAUAUCAAUGCACUUAUCCAGUCCGUGCAAGGGGAAGAGUCCUCCCUCAGUAUUAUUUCUCAGGUGUCUCUGCCAUUUCUAAUCGCUGGCUAUGGAAUGGUCGCAGCUGGGAUGGUUCUGGACAUUGUUCAGCACUGGGAUGUGUUUACUAACGUCAAGGAAAUAUUUAUUUUGGUACCCGCCCUCCUGGGUCUGAAAGGCAAUCUGGAGAUGACGCUAGCUUCUAGACUUUCUACACAGGCAAACUUAGGAAACAUGGAGAGCAGGAAGGAAGUUCUGAAAAUGGUUGGUGGAAACAUGGCACUGAUACAAGCCCAAGCAAUAGUCGUAGGUUUUCUCUCGUCAGUCACUGCCAUGGUGUUUGGAUGGAUCCCCAAAGGCGAAUUCAACUUCAGUCACGCUUUGCUGUUGUGUGCUAGCAGCUUGUUUACGGCAGCUGUAGCCAGUUUUGCUUUAGGUUUUAUCAUGGUUGUUGUGGUGUUAUUGUCGCGGUACUUUAAGAUCAACCCAGACAAUGUGGCAACACCCAUCGCUGCUAGCUUAGGAGACCUGGUGACUUUAGCGUUGUUAGCCUGGGUGGCUAAUACUUUGUUUAUCGCCAUAGAGAAACAGCACUGGUUGGCACCUGUGAUCAUUGCUUUCUUCAUGCUGCUGUUACCUUUGUGGGUGGUAAUCUGUAUAAACAACAAAUACACAGAUGACGUUAUAUAUAGUGGGUGGACGCCGGUUUUAAGUGCAAUGAUUAUAUCUAGUAUUGGUGGUUUAAUUUUAGAUUAUGCUGUUUCAAGCUACGAUGGUAUAGCUGUUUUUCAGCCUAUUAUAAAUGGUGUUGGGGGGAACCUUGUAGCUGUUCACGCAAGUAGAAUAAGCACUUCACUGCACAUGAAGGGCAAGCCAGGUUCUCACAUCAAAGAUGACAAAUUGAGGGGGUGUCUGAAUAUAUUCAAGGUCUUCUUUGGAUGUGGUGUUCAUUCCAGAGCGGCUAGAGUUCUGGUCCUGUUGGCAAUACCAGGGCACUUACUGUUCUCAUAUACUGUUUUCUAUAUGGGGGCCGGGCAUACUUCCAGUACACUUAUGUUCCAGGUAUUUUACCUCUCUGCUGCUGUGUUGCAGGUCAUUCUACUGCUCUACAUCGCUACCUGGCUGGUUCCACUGAUCUGGGUCAGGGGUUCGGAUCCAGACAAUGUGGCUAUUCCAUAUCUGACAGCCUUUGGGGACCUGUUGGGCACAGCCUUCCUGGCCGUGGCCUUCCAUUUACUCUACCUGGUCGGAGACAAAGAUGCAGAUGUUGGAGAAUAA